UAUUGACGAGGCUCAGAGGUCUGCAGGACGGCCGACAUUCUUCAUUCUCUGUGUGUUUGUGUGUGUGUCUAUGUGAAGGAUUUUCUGCAUUUUCUCCAUGAAGACUUUGAUUGUUCUCGGCAUCCUGCUCUUUUCUCAGAGCUGGGCUUUCGAGUUUAUUAUUGAUGGCGAAUGGGAAAGUGAAAUGUCAGGUCCUUUGGAUCACCAUCAUGACUCUGGAAGAUACAGGAGAAACGUUUUGACCAGUGGAGAAGAAGAAGAGGAUUUUGUGGCAAUACAGGGCAAUGACAUCACAGUGAAGAGCUAUAAGGUGGAGAGCAAAAUCACAUCUCGCUUCGCUCACACCACAGUCAAGAGCUCAGUGGUCAACUCAGGCCUGAAGGCGCAGAGCAUCGGCUUUAAUGUGCAGAUACCCAAACGAGCCUUCAUCAACAACUUCACCAUGAAUGUCAAUGGGAUAACAUUCGUCGGGUCUGUGAAGGAGAAGACUGUCGCUCGAAACCUUUACGCUCAAGCAAGAUCUCGUGGGAAAGCAGCUGGCAUUGUCAGGACUAACUCUCAAGCAAUGGAGACGUUUCGGACAGAAGUGCAUGUUCCUGCAGGCAGUAAAGUGGAGUUUGAGCUGCACUAUCAGGAGCUGAUGCAGAGGAAGCUUGGCAUUUACCAGCACACAUUACAUAUUCAGCCUGGACGCCUGGUCCCCCAGUUGCAGGUUGACGUGUAUAUAUUUGAGCCCAAAGGUAUCAAGUUUGUCACAGCUCCAAACACACUGGGAGAUCAGUUUGAAGACCUGACCACAAUCACCCACACUAAAGAAAAAGCCCACGUUGUGUUCAAACCAACUCUGCAGCAACAGCGCAAGUGUGAAAACUGCACAGAGAGUGCAGUGGAUGGGGUUUUCACCGUCACCUAUGAUGUGGAGAGAGAGAGCAAUGCUGGAGAACUUCAGGUGUCUGAUGGCCAUUUUGUCCAAUUCUUUGCUCCUUCUGAUCUCACUCCUCUUUCCAAAAACAUCGUUUUUGUGAUUGAUGUGAGUGGCAGCAUGUGGGGACUCAAGAUGAAGCAGACCGUGGAGGCGAUGAAGGCUAUACUGGACGAUCUGUCAAAUGACGACUACUUUAGCAUUAUAGAUUUUAAUCACAAUGUUCGUUGCUGGAGUGAAGAUUUGGUCCAGGCUUCCUCAAUCCAGGUGGAUGAAGCUAAGAAAUACAUCCAAAAUAUCAAACCUAAUGGAGGCACCAACAUCAAUGAGGCUUUACUGCGAGCGAUUCAGAUGCUGAUCAGAGCAUCCCAUCAGGGUCUGAUCGACUCUCGCUCGGUCUCUAUGAUCAUCCUUGUGUCAGAUGGAGAUCCAACAGUCGGCGAAAUAAAGCUGAGCACUAUUCAGAAAAAUGUGAAACGUGUCAUGAAAGAGGAGUUUUCCCUGUUCUCUCUUGGAAUCGGUUUCGAUGUUGACUUCGACUUUUUGGAGCGAAUCGCUAUGGACAACAGAGGCAUCGCCCAGAGGAUUUAUGCCAACCAAAAUGCCGCAGAGCAGUUAAAGACAUUCUACAGUCAGGUUUCGUCUCCUCUCCUGAGGACCAUCACCAUUCAUUUCCCUGAAAACACAGUGAAUAACGUUACUCAGAAUCGUUUUGACAAAUUCUUCAGCGGUUCUGAGCUGAUAGUGGCUGGAAAACUCCAACCAUCAGACCUUACCACACUGCAGAGCUUCAUCACCGCCUCUGCUGCCAACAUGGACCUGAACAUUCAGACGGAGGCAGAUAUUCAGGCACUUGACUCUGCACUCAGCAAACAUCAACAUUCCUACAAUGACUUUGCUCGGCAGAUGUGGGCCUACAUUACUGUCAAUCAGCUACUGGCCGAACGCUCUCUAGCUCGUACUGCAUCCAGGAAGCGUAAGAUCACUCAGAGGAUUGUGGCCUUGGCUGUGGAGCAUCAGUUUGUGACCCCUUUAACUGCAAUGCUGGUGGAGAGUAAUGAUGAAGGGACGCCAGAACGACUGAUUGCAGACUCGCCCAAAGACUCCAAACAUGGCUGCUGCUCAGCCACUGGUUCACUAUCUGGGCAAAUACCAGUGCAACGCUUGGUCUAUCAGAAUCCUCCUUGGAUCCUGCCCACACCAGGUCCAACUGUAGUUGAAGCAGUCGGAUCUCACGACAGCAUCAUUCCGGGUCACAUCACUGGCGUGGAUAGUGACCCCCACUUCAUCAUUAACUUACCCAAAAGCAACAUGGACAUCUGCUUCAACAUUGACUCCAAACCUGGACACAUCCUCAACCUGAUUUCAGAUCCUGGAACAGGAGUCACGGUCAAUGGUCAGUUAGUCAGAUCCAAGAAGAUGAAGAACAACAAAUUAAACACAUAUUUUGGCACCAUCUCCAUAUACUCUAAAACUGACGGUGUUCAGGUGAUAGUUAGAACUGACAGAAUUGACUUGAUGGAGGGCAAGAACAAUCAUUCCUUCUCUUGGGGAGCCACUGCUGAGCUGACACUUAACAGGAUUAAGAUCACCAUUUUGAAGGAGCAACAUGUCACUGUGUUGAUCGAUGGGAGGAUUUCAGUGAUGGUGCUUCUGCAUCGGGUGUGGAAGAAGCAUCCAGUGCAGGUGGACUUUCUGGGCAUUUACAUGUCCAACAACAACAAAUACUCAACUCAAGUUCAUGGUCUUGUUGGUCAGUUUGCAAAGGAACCAGAAGUUAAGGUGUAUGACGUGCACGAAGGGGCAGAUCCAAAAAAGAAAGAGGCUACAAUGGAGGUGAAAGGCAACAAACUGGCUGUUACCAGGGGCUGGCAGAAGGACUACAGACAAGACCGAAAGCGAGGUUCAGACAUCUUUUGCUGGUUUGUCCAUAACAACGGGAAAGGCUUUGUUGAUGGCAAUUACACCAACUAUAUCCUGCCUCAGAUGGACAGCUUCCUGAACGCACUCUAACAGAGGAAAAAAAAUCUGAUCAUCUGUUAUUUUAUAUGCUAUAAGAACCAACCAAAAACAUGAUAUUAAAAAAAAGAAAGUUUUUAAUACUAUACAAGAAAUAUGUACAAAACAUGAAUAUGUAGAGCUGUACAUGAAUAGACUAAAUUUUAUUAAUAAUGAAAGCAAUCCAGAUUGACAAUAUUAACAACACUUUACUGUGGAAUUACUGGAGUAAUUCUGAUUUAAUCAAAUGCAACCAUUGUCACUGACAACAAAAAAUAACAAUGCACAACAACACAAUAAAAACCCAUUGGUCACUUUGUUCCAUUA